GAGGGACAAUCAUUUUUAGAGUUUACAGUUCUCACGGCUUUAACCAGAAAGUCGUCAUGUGAUGCAGUGGAAUGUUUCAGUGAGUCUCACGGAGCUCAAUCGAUGAAGACAAGGAACCGUUCUACCUGCUGCCUGCUGAAGCCAGCUGGUGGAUGGGACGUGAGAGCAGGUGUCUUUUCCCCAGCUGCUGAGCGCCUGCGGUACAUCCUAGGAGAAGAGGACGAUGGGCCAACUCCGACCCUGUUCACAGAGAUGGACACCCUGCAACAUGACGGAGAUGAGUUGGAAUGGAAGGAGUCUGCCAGAUGGGUGAAGUUUGAAGAGAAGGUUGAAGAAGGAGGGGAGAGAUGGAGCAAGCCUCAUGUCUCCACGUUAUCGCUGCACAGUCUGUUUGAGCUGCGGACAUGUCUGCAGACUGAAACUGUGCUGUUAGACUUGGACGGAUAUUCCUUACCACAGAUCAUAGAUGAUAUAAUUGACAAACAGAUUGAAGAUGGACUUAUUAAACCAGAUGUGCGGGAACAGAUUUCAUUCAUCCUCCUGAGAAAGCAUCGCCACCAAACCAAGAAGCCCAUCCAUCGUUCCCUGGUUGACAUCGGAAAGUCAUCCACAGCUUCGUCAGCUCGCAGCCCCAACCGAUCUGCUGGCAUUGGGGCAAGCUUUUAUCGUUCCACUGAAGACCUGGGAAUGAGGCAGUCUUCCGGUUAUGGACGGCUACGACACGCUCAAAGCCGGAGCAUGAAUGACAUCGCAGACACACCCAGCACCGACCAGCUCAAGAACAAAUUUAAGAAGAAGAUACCUCGCGAUUCCGAAGCCUCGAACAUCCUCGUGGGAGAAGUGGACUUCCUGGAAAAGCCUUUCGUCGCUUUCGUCCGUCUCCUGCAGCCAACAAUGCUGGGUGGACUGACCGAGGUGGCUGUGCCAACAAGGUUUAUCUUUAUUCUUUUGGGACCUCAAGGAAAAGGCAAAUCCUACAGUGAAAUUGGAAGAGCCAUGGCCACACUGAUGGUGGAUGAUCUGUUCAGCGACGUGGCUUACAAGGCGAGGGACAGAGACGACUUGAUCGCCGGCAUCGACGAAUUCCUCGACGAGGUAAUUGUUCUUCCUCCUGGUGAGUGGGACCCCAAGAUCAGGAUCGAGCCUCCCAAGAAAGUGACACCAGCCGAGAAAAGGAAGUCCAUCUACUCUCUCAGUGAGGCAGGGCAGAUGAAUGGAUCAGCGGGAUGCGGUGGAGUAAGUGAUGACGAGAACAUGCCUGCACCACACGAGCUCGGGGAAGAGCUGACCUGGACGGGAAGGUUCUGUGGAGGCCUACGGCUCGAUAUCAAGAGAAAGCUUCCUUGGCUGCCCAGUGACUUCUAUGAGGGUUUCCACAUCCAGUCCAUCUCCACCAUUCUCUUCAUCUACCUGGGCUGUAUUACCAACGCCAUCACCUUUGGUGGAUUACUGGGCGACGCGACCGACAAUUACCAGGGGGUGAUCGAAAGUUUCCUGGGCACUGCUUUUACCGGCGCCAUCUUCUGUCUCUUCGCUGGGCAGCCCCUCACCAUCCUGAGCAGCACGGGCCCCAUCCUCAUCUUUGAAAAGCUCCUGUUUGACUUCAGCAAAAGUAACGAUAUAGACUACCUAGAAUUUCGGCUCUGGAUUGGCCUCCAUUCUGCUUUUCAGUGCCUCCUCCUCGUUGCCACGGACGCCAGCUUCAUCAUUAAGUACAUCACGCGUUUUACGGAGGAGGGCUUCUCCAUGCUCAUCAGCUUCAUUUUCAUCUACGAUGCCAUUAAGAAGAUGAUCGGGGCCUUCAAGUACUACCCCAUCAACACCUGGUACAACCCGGACUAUGUGACAAUGUACAAGUGUGAGUGCGUGGCACCAGACAUAGUGAAUACAACCUUCUUCAAUGCUUCAGAUUCACUGGCUUUGAACAACACUAAUAUUUCUUUGUACAAUGUUGUCAAUACCACAGCCCUGGAUUGGAGUCAACUCAGCAAGAAAGAGUGCCUCAAGUAUGGUGGGAGUUUGGUUGGAAAAUCCUGCAAGUAUGUCCCAGACCUGGCCCUAAUGUCUUUCAUCCUCUUCUUCGGCACCUACUCUCUGACUGUGACCCUCAAAAAGUUCAAGUUUAGUCGCUAUUUUCCAACCAAGAUCCGAAGCCUGAUCACUGACUUUUCCACGGUCAUCUCCAUUCUUGUUUUCUGUGGAGUCGAUGCUGUGGUCGGACUGGAAACUCCCAAACUGCAUGUGCCCAACAAAAUCAAGCUGCGGAAGCUUAUCAGCGACUUUUCUAUCUUCACAUCUAUUCUGAUUUUUGUUGGGAUUGAUAUGCUUUUUGGGCUGAACACACCAAAACUCCAAGUGCCCACAGAGCUGAAGCCAACACGAGCAGACCGGGGGUGGUUUGUUAUCCCCUUCGGGAAAAAUCCAUGGUGGAUCUACCUGGCCAGUGCUCUUCCGGCCCUCCUUGUCACCAUCCUGAUCUUCAUGGACCAACAGAUCACAGGAGUGAUUGUGAACAGGAAGGAGCAUAAACUGAGGAAAGGAGCCGGUUACCAUCUGGAUCUAUUCUGGGUUGGUCUCCUGAUAGCGGUCUGCUCCUUCAUGGGCCUCCCGUGGUAUGUAGCAGCCACCGUCAUUUCCAUCGCACACAUUGACGGCUUAAAGAUGGAAACUGAAACGAGCGCACCUGGAGAGCAGCCACAGUUUCUUGGGGUCAGGGAGCAAAGGCUGACUGGUCUUGUUGUGUUCAUUCUCACGGGCGUCUCUGUCUUCCUGGCUCCAAUUCUGAAGUACAUUCCAAUGGCAGUUCUAUACGGAGUCUUCCUUUAUAUGGGUGUGGCCUCUUUAAAUGGUAUUCAGUUCUGGGAUCGAUGCAAACUGUUCCUCAUGCCGUCCAAGCAUCAGCCUGACUACAUCUACCUUCGGCACGUCCCCCUUCGACGGGUCCACUUAUUCACCAUGGUACAGAUCAUCUGCUUGGCCAUCCUCUGGGUCCUAAAGUCGACUGUGGCCGCCAUCAUCUUCCCCAUUAUGAUCCUUGCACUCAUCCUCGUGCGAAAGAUGCUGGAUCUGGUCUUCUCCCAGCAUGACCUCGCUUGGUUAGACGACAUCCUACCGGAGAAAGACAAGAAGAAAGAAGAAGACAAGAAGAAAAAAAAGUUGAAGAGCAAAGACCAGGUUGGAGACGGCGUUGAUGAGGAGAAAGGUCCACCAAUUGGAGCUGUACAUGCUGAAGCAUCACCAAGCAACUCUGAUUCACUCGACCGCAGUAUAACUUUACACCUCAAGAUUUCCUGCCCAUCCUCUCCUGCUUUCAGCUACUCGCGGAAUGCCAUUUGCUCAGUUCCACAGUUUAAGAUAGAAAUGGAGUCUGAUUAUGAAGACGUAGACGCAGAAAAGGCUCGGAGAGACCAGGGCGGCGAAACUACUUUGUAGCUUGUUCAGCUGCGGCUUCAGCCUUGCAACAGGUCCCACUGGGGAGACUUUGCUAGCACCCGGACCUCGCGUACUGCUGACGAGCUGACAGCGUUUGCGUGCGUUAACCCUCCUGAGAACCGCACUUUGUCCAGAUCUGAGUGUUUUAUUGCAAGCGAAGACUUCAACGCAUCUGUGCCGUGCUUUCAAUGUGCUGUGUAAAAUAUGCUUCAAAGGACAAAGACAUUAUUAUUAAAAGUUUAGUAAACAACAGGUAGUGCCAAUCAGAUGAGAUUGCAACAUAUUACAAGACAUUCCAGGAAUUAGGAAGUUGCUUUGAAGCAAUUGUAAGUUCACUUUCGACAUUUAACGAUGUUAUAAAGUGGUUGAUCCAAGACUUAUGUAUAUGAAUCCUUUGCCAUCGUUUUGCCUAUCUUUCCUUCGUGGGUUCCGCACUGUUGAAAGCGGGUUUUGCUCUGUUCAUGUAUGCAGGGUUCAUUUGACGGUGAGAGCAACUUUCUGCUUUUACGAAAAUGUGUUUUUUGAAUUAUUUUGCACUUUGCGCAGGGUAGACAUAAGUUAGACAGUGUAAGAUGGGUAGCUGUUAACUAUUUGAUUGAUUUUAAUGUAAAAACUUUAAAAGUUCCUAGACUGUAGUUGUUUCAUUUGAUGUCGAUUCACAUUUAUUCCUAUUUAAGUGCUACAGAAGUGGAAAUACUUGAUCAAGAUUAUUGACAGAUUAAGAUUGCUCUACAAGAAAAUCAAACAUGUUUUUCUUUACUCUUUUUUAAUUUGUUUUGUAAUUGUUGUAUUUAAAAUAAUGUUGUUCUGCAAGAAGUACAAACUAGUGCAGCGAGCUUUCCUAAUUUUACCUUCAUGCUGAUACAAGCAUCUCAAACACUGAGGAAUCCAUUCAAAUAUUCUUACCAAUAGAUCUCAUUGCUUAGUUUUUAAUU